AUGGGUGGUGGACCUGGGGGCCAGUGCCCUGGUGGUGGUGGGCAAGACGGCCAUCUCCGAAGGGGUGGUGGUGGACAAGGCGGCCAGGUCCCAACGGGUGGUGGACCUCGUGUCCAACUUCUCGAGGAUGGUGGAUCUUGCGGCCAGAACUCUGGAGAUGGUGGGCUUGGAGGCCAACUCCAUGUGGGUGGUACACCUGGAGACCAACUCUCCGGAAGUGGUGGACCUGGUGACCGUGCCCACAGGUGUGUUGGGCUUUGCGGCAAUCUCCCCAAAGGUGGUGGACUAGGGGAUCUCCUGUCUGGUAGCAGUGGUACUUGGAGAAACUUGAAGUUAGGUUUUUACCAAAAAAGCAAGUUGAAGUUUGGUUCGGUUCUUUGA